AUGCGAUCCCACGCACUUCUUCUCUCGACGCUCGCCAUUUCACCCUCGGCCAAACCCCCGGCCGGCGCAUGGGACACACACGUGCACGUCCUCAACCCGUGCCAGUUCCCUUACUCGCCCAACCGGACCUACACCCCUGAGCCAGCACCCCUGUCGUCGCUAAUCGCAAACUCGUACACGGACAACAUCGUCAUCGUCCGCGCCUCCGUCGACAGCGGCCCGGCAGGCGCCCUUUACGCUCUGAAGACCGCGCGCGCCGAGUACCCGGGCCGCAGCUUCCGCGCGACCCUGGACCUGACGGACGUGCAGGACGCCUCGGCCGCGGAUUUCGACGCGCUGCACGCGGCGGGCGUUAGGGCUCUGCGGCUGUACGGGCCCGGGGACGUGGGCAGCAACGUGACUUGGGUGCAGGGCCUACUGCGGGCGGCGGCGGAGCUGGACGGCGUCAGGCGGCUGGGGUGGGCCGUAUCGGCGAUGCUGCCGCUGGCGACGUUCGCCGCGCUCGAGGACAGCCUGCUGCACGACCCGGCCCUGGCGCACCUGCGGCUGAUCGCCGAACAUAACGGCAGCGCGACGCCCAGCGAUCGCGCGUCCGGCGACUUCCAGGCCCUGCUAAACCUGCUGUCCGCCGGCAGGCUGUGGGUAAAGCUUGGCGCCCUGCACCGGCAGUCGCCCGGCGACGUGCACCUGAUGAAGGAAGUGGUCACCGCCAUGACCCAGGCCGCGCCCGCCGCCAUGCUCUGGGGCAGCGACUGGCCGCACGUAAACAGCACCAACAAGGGGCUGGUUCCGGGGCCGCCGCUUGUCGUCGACACCGCGGCGGAGCUGGAGGCCAUCCACAACUGGGUUGGGGAGAAAGUAUGGCAGGCUAUGUUUGUCGGGAAUCCGGAGGUUUUCUUUGGAGAUUUAGGGAAGGCCACCCUUGUGCAGAAUCCGUAA